AUGGAUCAGAACAUCGUCCUCGAAUGUGCUAAUUUGCAAGCGGAGGAAUACGAGGUCAUCAAGGCAAUUUAUCCGGACUUUAUUCUUUCGUUUUCUUCACCACCCAAUGAGCCUCAGAGUAUUCAUCUUCAGAUUGGUAUCCAAUUUUCAGUUCCAACUAAGAUGGCAAUUUAUCCAAUGAUGUAUGCGGAAGCCUGCGAAUCCUCGAUGUCUGUUACUGAGAUUGCUGUUAAACAUCUCCCCCCAAUUUUUCUCGACAUUUCCCUUCCACAGUGUUAUCCACUCUCUGAUCCUCCGACAAUUGGAUCUAUAAAGUUCCAUUCAUCAUGGUUAAUGGGCGCCGACGGUCUAAAAGCGACUUUAUUAGACAUGUGGGACGCCGGUGAAACGACCAUAUAUUCUUGGAUCGAGUAUUUACAGACUGGCCAGUUUCUGGGGGAGGAUGAAAAACUUAGAAAAAAGAUUUUCUACGACCCACCUGGUCAAUUAUCGGAGAUUCUUCUGGACUACGACCUUAAAACACAACGUACGGCAUUUCUUGAAGGAACGUACUUGUGUGACGUUUGCUUCGAAUACAAAAAGGGAACACAGUCUUGCCUUCGAGAGUUUUGGACGGCGGCGGUUCAGGAAGGCGAUAUUGGAAAGCUUGUGUGCAUCAAUCCAAAAUGUAUGAAAACUAAAACGGUUGCAAGUGAGGAAGAAUUACGAGAUGUGUUAUCCGAUAAUGCUUUCCGGCGCUGGAAAUGGCUUAAGGAAAAACGCGAGUUUGAACAAGAUGUAAAUCAUGCAUAUUGUCCAAUUUGUGAAAGCCCUGCAAGACCAUCGACCGACCAUGUGCCUGAAGAUAAGGAUGGCCCAUGGAGUAGAUAUAGAGAGUGUCCAAAAUGCAGGUUCACAUUCUGCAGGGUGUGCAGAUGUGUAUGGCACGGCGCUCAUUUCGACUGCCCUGUUCCUGUACAAAUUCUGACUCGCUAUAUGGAUGCUACAAAGAAUGGCACAGAUACAUCUUGGAUGAAGUUAGUGGAACAAACGUAUACGUCAGGCGUUCUCCAGCGCCAGAUAAAACGUUUCAGGGAAGAAGCCAAGAAGCUGCGCAAGACUCAUUCCUCAAAACCAACAUCUGCCCAAGACCGGGAUGCGGCGCGUACAUACAGCGGACCGAAGGUUGCAAUCAUAUGGUUUGCUCAUUGUGCAAGCAAUCCUUCUGCUAUGGCUGUGGAAGGCCAUUUUCAGAGCACGGAUCCAAAGGCUGCUUGGGGAAAUUUAUCUAGGAAGGAUGAGUUGUUGGGUCAUCCUUACACUCUCUUGCAUUUUUGGUUAACGUGA